CGUCAUGAUGCCGACGGAUGAACUGCGUUGACGACAUAGGCCGGGCUUCUGGCUUGACUGCAAGCUGGGCGGCAGUGUGGUUGCCAAAGUUCCUCUGAGCACAGGGCCGGCCUGCAAGUGCGGGCGACAGGAAGGCAAAAAUCACUCACUGCUUUCCAUCACCUUUAUUGGUCUGUUUAUGGAUUACCAAGGGAAUACUCUUAGAGACUUUCUUAAAAGCAAUGGUCAUGUGGUGCUUCAGAGAGUGAACAAUAACUAUAAUCUGAGAUCUUUCACAGAAAAGGAGAUAGAGCACAUUACCAAUGGAUAUAGCACUUUGCUGGGCAAAGGGGCAUUCAGUGAGGUUUACAGAGGAGUAUUAGAUGAUCAACUUCUGGUGGCAGUAAAGAAAUACAAAGAUGGGACCAGGAAAGAAGACUUGGCCAAAGAGGUGAUUGUGCACUCUCAAAUAAAUCACAAGAAUGUGGUAAGGCUUUUGGGUUGCUGCACUGAGGAAAAUGCUCUAGCGAUUGUUAUGGAAUUUAUUUGUAAUGGAAAUCUUGCCGACAUCCUUCAUCGAGGUAAUGCUAAUGGCCAUGUUUUCUUCCCUCUGGACAGACGCUUGAGCAUUGUCAUUGAGUUAGCUGAAGUGCUAUCUUACAUGCAUUCAAUGUAUAGUCCUAUUCUUCAUGGGGACAUCAAACCAGAUAAUAUACUGCUCAAUGAAUUUUUUGCGCCGAAGAUAUCAGAUUUUGGAAUAGCAAGAUUGAUUUCUUCUGAUGGGACCCAGCAAACCCAAAAUAUCAUUGGUUCUAUUGGUUACCUGGAUCCUCUGUACAGUCAGACUGGGAUUCUAACUCCGAAGAGUGACGUAUAUAGCUUUGGGGUUCUUUUGGUGGAAAUGAUUACCAGAAAGAAAGCGGCAGAUGGGAACACUUACCUCAUUCAGAAUUUCAUUGAGGCUUUUAAAAGAGGGAAAAAAGUAAGGCAAAUGUUUGAUAAGGAAAUUGUACAUGGAAAAAAAAGCAUAAAGGUGCUUGAUGAUAUUGCAAAGCUUGCAAACCAAUGCUUGAUAUUGGAAAACAGACAGCGCCCAGAAAUGGUUGAAGUGGCAGAUAGACUAAGGAAGUGUAUGAAAGAUGUGCAGCUGCGCAGGAGGGAAGAAAUGCCUGAGUCUUCAGGCAGUAACUACCCUACCAACCCCACCAAAAAAGAACAGCCCACGCAAGUACUGGCCAUUUCCCUUGAUGAACUAAAGAAAAUCACCAGGAACUUCAGUUAUGAUACUCUAAUAGGACAGGGAUCACAUGCUGAAGUUUUCCUUGGAGAGCUGAAAGAUAGCCGGAAAUGUGCGGUUAAGAAGCUUGAUUAUCCCGAAGUUGAGGAGCUUGAAAACGAAUUCCUAUUGAAGGUUCAGUCCAUUUCAAGAUUGGAGCACAACAAUGUUGUUCAACUUCUUAGCUACUGUAUAGAAGGGAAUGUCCGUGCUCUUGUUUAUGAGUACUCGUCAAGGGGUUCCUUGCAUGAUAUUCUUCACGGUGGCAAAAAGGGUGCCGUGGGAGCCCAACCAGGACAAGCUCUUUCAUGGGCACAACGAGUGAAUAUUGCCUUAAGUUCUGCAGAAGGGCUUGAGUUCAUCAUUGAGAAGGCGGAGCAUUGCAUCACUCAUAGAAUCAUCAAAUCAAGAAACAUACUUCUCUUUGACAACGAUGUUGCAAAGGUUAUUGGAGAUUUUGGAGUCUUCAAAUCAAACCCUGCUGACAAGAUUGACCCGGACAAUACAUAUGAUUUUCCUCAUAGGCCUGACUUUGGGGGUUAUGGUGCACCUGAGUUGAUAAUAACUAGACUGUUUAGCAACAAGAGCAACAAGAGCGAAGUUUUUAGCUUUGGGGUUGUGCUGUUGGAGCUUUUAACUGGUCGUAAGGCACGUGAUCGUAGACAACGACCACGUGAUCAGCAGGACCUCGUGUCAUGGGCAAGACCAAAACUCGGAACUCGCAGGGUGCACCGAUGCGCAGAUCCAAGACUUAGAGGAAAAUACCCUCCUAAGGAUUUUGCCAAGAUGGCUGACAUUGCGUCCCGCUGUGUGCAAUACGAGGAGGACUUCCGGCCCAGCAUGAGCAUGGUCGUCAAGGAUCUGCGCACCUUGCUGCCAGGCAUAUUAGGCACAGCAAGCGGCGCCCGUGGAGAGUGAGGCUUGUUGCGACUCGCAAACAUCUUGCUGUAGGGGCAGUAGGGAGUUCCAUCCAACAUUUCAUUGGGCGACCUUGGUGCUCUGACGCAACAGAACAUUGUACGUAUUGCCAUCGUCUUUCUUUCGCUAGGCUUUUGUGCUCUGUAAAAUUUCAGUGCCUACGGAUGAUGCAAUGUCUCUUGUGUACGCCUCCGUAUAAAUAAAUGAGCAGCGAGGUGGUCGUGAUAAGCCAUCUUCAUUCA